AGCCAAAUAGUUUGCCCACUCGACGCCUGAACAGCUAUGGCUCUUUACAUUUUAUAUCCAGCUGUGGCUGCUUUGGCGCUCUUCAUUGUCGGUGUCAUCAUCGUCAUGCUCCGCUAUGGGCCACGUUUGUGUGGCCUACGUCAUCAUGCAUUACCCGACAACUAUGAUUUGCGGGAAAAGACCUACGAGCAUGAAAUCAGUUAUGCAUGAUUCGAUUCGCCAUCGUUUUUUAUCUCCAUAUUCUUAUACACUCCGGCAAUGCAAGAAUUUGCCUUUUAUACACAAGCAUUACUAACCAUAGCAUAAUAAGGUAUGCUGACCAUUUAAAACUAAUCCAUUGUAUUCAGUACGCACAGUCCCAAAUAUUUUUGCAUGCAGUACAAAUUAAUUUAACUUUUUGUUUACAAUCAGUCCUCAUAUCAUAUAUUAAAACCAAUGUAAUCGUGCCUUAAAUAUAGUGUCGAAUCUCAAUGAAUGAAAAUUAUUCCGUCCAAAUGUCUUCUAGAUCCGUAAGCUCCUUUUGUCAUACAUAACAUAUCAUAUAAAGCAGCAUUAAAUGUAAUAGUUUUGGCUUAUAUAUUUUUUGAAAUGUAUGUAAAAAUAUUUGUAUUUUUAUACAAUAAACUCAAUUUUGUCCAAUAACA